AUUAAGAAAAAAAAACUCAAAUGGCAUAUCAAAAUAAAAAUAUUGUUUCUCUCAAACCAAAAUCAACACACAAUGUUGGGUAGGAAUUUAGCAAAUAAUUGCUUGCUGGUGAUCAGAAUAUGGGUUCGUCCGCGUCUAAGCCGGAUAAAAACAUAAACAUUGCUGGUGAUCAGAACAUGGGAACGUCCGUGCCUAAGCCGGUUAAAAACAUAGUUCUAGUAGGGCGUUCUAUCAAUGGAAUAUGCACCACUGGGAACACCAUCCUCGGUCAAAAAAAGUUCAGCUCCGAAGGUGCUUUUAUGCACUCUCAAAUGUAUAGUACCACGACACCAGAUGGUCAAAUGAUCAAUGUGAUUAAAACUCCUGGUAUGUUCGAUUUGUCCGUGUCCGAAGACUUCAUAAGUAAAGAAAUAAUCAAUUGCUUAACUUUGGUCGAAGAAGGCAUAGAUGCUGUGUUGUUUGUUCUAUCUGUAAGGAAUAGGAUCUCACAAGAGGAAGAGUAUGCACUUAAUACCCUGCAGCGCAUAUUUGGGAGUAAAAUCUUUGAAUAUAUGAUUUUAUUGCUCACUAACGGGGAAAAGUUCGAGGCGAACGAGUUUGAAGAUUAUUUUCGGGAAUGUUGUCCUGCAUUUCUUAUGAAAGUUCUCAGAUUCUGCAAUGCCCGAAAGGUCUUGUUUAAUAACAUGACUAAUGAUGAAGGCGUGAAGGCUGAACAAGUCAAUCAGAUUAUGGCCCAUGUCGCAGCAAUUAUGGCUAUAGUAGCGACAAUGGUUCGAUUAGUGAUAGAGAGAGGCUUCAAGUCAGGAGUAGAACCUGUGAUACUAGAGGCAUGGAAGAGUGUAGCAGCACAUGAAGGAGAGUCGCAUUCCCUAAACGACACAUUUCAGCAUGAUCCAUAUCUGUCUUCACUUCCCAUAUCAGUUUCCAAUUCGUCAGAGCCAAUUAAAAACUUAGUUCUAGUAGGGCGUACCGGAAAUGGAAAAAGCGCAACAGGGAACACCAUCCUAGGUCAGAAAAUGUUCGCUUCAGAACUACAAGCGGGAGGUGUUACCAUGGAAUGCAAGAUGUAUAGAACUGCAAUACAAGAUGGUCCAAUAAUCAAUGUGAUUGACACUCCUGGUCUCUUUGAUUCAUCAGUGUCUGCUAACUAUAUUAGUAGGGAGAUCGUCAAUUGCUUAACUAUGGCUGAAGGAGGAAUUCAUGCCUUCCUGUUCGUUUUAUCUGCCGGGAAUCGGAUUACACAAGAAGAAGAGUCCACACUUGAUACCUUGCAGUUGAUUUUCGACAGUAAGAUUCUUGACUAUAUUAUUGUUGUGUUCACUGGGGGUGACAAACUAGAAGCAAACGAGCAGACAUUGGACGAUUAUUUUCGUGAAGGUUGUCCAGAGUUUUUGACAAGAGUUCUUCGACUGUGUGGUGGUCGAAAAGUCUUGUUUAAUAACAUGACUAAGGAUAUAGUCAAGAACACUAAGCAAGUCAAGCAACUUCUGGCCCAUGUCGAAGCUAUUGAAAAGAAUAAUGGUGUGAAACCGUAUACUAACCAGAUGCAUCGCAUGAUAAAGGAAAAGGGUGAUAAGUUUAGGGAACAACAAAGGAAAGUUAAGUCUAAAAACUUUGCAGAAGAAAUAGAAGUGAUGAAGCGUGAUUUAGAAUUGGAGCAUGACGAAAAAAUGAGACGGAUGACACAACUUUUGGAGAGGAGGCUUAAACAGAAUUCUGAAGCACAUGAAAGCGCGAUGCGUAAGAUGAGAGAAGCUAUGAGAGAGAAAUCACAAAUAAAGAUUGACCGAAGAAGUUAGGUGUGAUCGUUGCACAUUUUCCAAACUGACAUCAAGUUUUAUUUUUGUGUGUUUAAUGUUACUUUUUCUUGAAUGAAAUUUCCAAUGUUGU